AUGGCGACCACGUGGAGCGAACUAAGGCCAACUUUGUCUAAUUCAGUUUUAGAUAUCACGGACAAGUUUGGCUUCCAAAAGAUGACACCAGUACAGGUAGGCAAAGGAAUAAUGUAGCUAUUACCUAACAAAUAUGCUUUGGUUUACCACGCUUUCUUUGUUAUACAGGCAGCCACAAUUCCACUGUUUAUGUCAAACAAAGAUGUAGCGGUUGAGGCGGUGAGUUUGAAACUAAGAUUAUUUCUAAUUUCCUGAGCACGAAGAGCCCUGUAUUUUUUGGACUUAUUCAAAAUAAUUAUUCGUUUAUUAGUAUAAUAAUAAUAAUGCUGAUUUAUGCUAUGUACUGCAAACAGUUAAUGAGCUGUAUAAAUGCUUGAAUUUCCUGGAGGUCACCAUUUUGGCUUGUAUGACAUUACAUGGUUGCCACCAUCAUCAUCAGACAGUAGCUCUUUAGUUUGUACAAAUUCUAAGGGGAUUGUGCAGAUACUAGCAGCAUCAUACAAUUGAACUUGGCGACAAGUAGAAUUCCAGUUUUAAAACAGGCCAUAUCUGUUUCCAUCUUGUCUCACACUAAGUACUUUCAUUCCCAUUUAUGACAAAUUUUAGCUUCAAAGGUCAUUUGUUUCAUCAGCGGAGGCUUCCUUUCUUUGAGGCUUCCUUUCUUUGAUACUUCUAGUGGUAGGCUGGGAAAAGUCUCCUCUUUGAAAUAGUCCCAUGGAUUAUAUUAAAGUUCAGAUGGCAACUAUGUGGACAAUCAGAAAUGGUUUGAUGCUAUUCUGGUUCAGAGACUCUUUUAUAGGCUCAUUAAUUAGGUGCCCUUUUUUCUGAUGAGGUGUAAAUAGGCAUAAAUAGGUGUAAAUAGCUGUCAGGAAGAAACUACAAGUAUAUGCUUGAGUUUUCUUGAAAAGAAAGGAUGAAACUAGAACUUUGGCUUGUUUGACUCAUCCUCUUCCUUAUAUCUUGGCCUGCCCUCAGCUUGAUGGUACAACCCAUUAACUCACUUGAGUGAUGAAGACAGAAUUUCUCCUUACAAUAUAAAUACAAUAUCAAGCAGACAAGUAAUGAGAAUGAACAAAAACUCCAAUUAGGGAAUUAUUAGUUGAUUCAGUAUCAAAUUCUCAGAGCUAACAUUAUAAGAAUUGUAUGGCAAACAGUAAGGAGAAUUAAUAAUGAGAUCUUGAGGGUUGAAAAGAUUAAAAACACAUACUUACAGGAUUCCCCUCAGUUCUUCACUUCAAUACAAGAAACCUGUAAUCUAGCUUUUACCUAGCUUUUUUGGAGGGAAAGGCAUUAGAUCUUAUCCUUAAAGGUGUCAAGAUUUGUGUAAAGAACACCAUCAUUGGCAAUGACUUUGCUGAAGAUAUUUUGAACAUUUCUGAAAAUGCCCUGAGGAGCUGACACAAACAUUGCAUUAGAGCUCUUUUACAAUGGAAGAUUCUUGCUAAUUUAUAAUGAUUUUUGUGGACUUUUCUGUUGUUGUAUUAAUUCAAGUUCAUUCAAUGAUAUACAUUUUCAGAGUUGUGCGAGUUAAUCCUCUGACUGUUAAGAGUAACUAGCAUCUCCAUUUUCCUCGCAAUACCACACCUGAAUCAAACACUAAAGAAGCUCUUGCUUGUUAAGCAAAUUCUCCUUGUCAACACCUUAGGAAAUGUAUAGAGAACUGUAUGGAGAAUAUCAUAAUGAUGUUAGGGUGGUGAGGGUGAAGACUGUGAUGGCUCAAAUCUUUCUGCUAAGCAUGAAAAGCUAUGCAGCAGAAACCAGAUCCACAUUUUCCGAUGCGUUAAUUUUAUAUUACUGAUGACAAACUUCCUUUUUAUUUUUAACUUGUUGAAACAGUUUAUCUCUAAUUUUCAGGUUACUGGAUCUGGAAAAACCUUGGCCUUUUUGAUUCCAAUUGUGGAAAUGCUCCUGCAAAGGUUAUUUGCACUUUUAACCCUUUAGUCCCCAAGAGUGACUAGCAUCUAAGUUCUCCUUACAAUAUCACCCCUGAAUCAAACAUGGAAGUCAUAAGAAUAGAGGAGAUGAUCACCAACUAAAGCAGCUCUUGAUUGUGAAACAAAUUCUCCUUGUCAGCCUCUUUGGAAACAUACAGAGAACAGUAUGGAGAAUAUGCAUACUGAUGUUAGGGUAUAAAGGGUUAAGUAGGUGUAAUUUCUUCAGAUGUUAAAUGUAGAUUUCUUCUUAUCAAGAUAAUUUGGUUUUUCAAAUGAGUUGAUAAUUUAAACUAGCCAAUGGUAAAGAGUUUCUUAGCUGGUGUGUAAACCCCUUUGCCAGUCACUCUGACAAAGAGCUAAUGGUCUAAACCUCAGCUUAGAAACUCUCUACAAUGGCCAAUUCACUUUAUCAACUCAGAUGAUAAAACCAAUUACUGGUAUCUUGUACUCCCCCACCAAUGCAAUGCCAGGGUUUAUUUUGAACUUUACUCCCUUUAUACACUCCCUUCAUCAGUUUGAAAUUAAUAGCGCUAACCACAGACUACAGACUUCAUGAAAAAAAAUUCCAUGGAAAAACCUUUAUUAUGUACAGUUUAUUUUUAUUCACAUGCAAGGUGGCUCUAUGUUAUAUACCAGUAUAGAUCUACCAAGAACAUGCUUAUGGGUCACAGUGUGGUUUUUCAGCUGCAAUUUUCAAACCCAGGAAAGGGAUUUGCCCUCUUUUCCUCUAAAUUUUAAUUUUAAACUCAAGUACCUUGCAUAGUGUUGGACCUGACAUUUGCUUUAUAUGCUUGCUAUUUAUUGUAUUUAUUCAAAUAUGUCAUAUUUUCUUUUCAAAGGGAAGAGAAGCUGAAGAAACAUGAUGUAAGUUGGUUUAAUUUUGUAGAAAAAUAACUAAAAUCUACGGGUAAAUAUAACAAUUGAUGAAUACUUUGUAAUUUGGUUAUGAAACCUUGGUAGGUCAGCUAUUUAUCCAUUGUUUUUUGGGUCAGAAUUGGAAGUUAGAGAGUUGGUGUUGGGGGAGGGAGUAAAAUUGAGGAAUGAGCAUAAAAUAUGCACAACAAGGAUGAACAGCAGUUCUACUCUGGGACUGAGAGGCAAGGGGUGGGGAAUAGGGAUCAAGGGGUGGGGGCCACAACAGGUGGGGGGAGGGGUGAUGGGAGGGGUGGAACAAUGGGGAAGGGGUGGGGCUACAGGAGUUAGGGGCAGAGAGUAAGGGGUUGAGGGUGGUGAUGGGAGAGGGGUAUAAGGCAAAUGAAUCAAAAAGCUUUCAGAAACCAACAAGUGUGAAUAAUGAAAGAAUGAGUUAUGUGAUUAUUCUUGAAAGUAGGACCAAUUUGUAAGUUCUACAUAUCUGCUUCACAUUAUCAGGAGUGACUGGAAAUUAAUUUGUCUUUACAAUGUCAUCCCUAAAUCAAAAAUUGAUGUUACAAGAAUAGUAAGAGGAAAUGAUCACCAUCUAAAGUAGCUCUUGAUUGAUGAACAAAUUCUCCUUGUUAGCACUUUAGGAUAUGUAUAGAGAACUGUAUGGAGAAUAUGCACAUUGAUGUGAGGGUGGAGAGGGUUAAAUAAGUCUAAGGAGCAGUCAAAGAUGGUUCGCACAGGCUCAGGGUAUGUUCUGCCCUGGUUAUGAGAGGAGUUUGUUUUUAAUUAGUCAUAUUGCAAUCAUCUUGCGAUGAAAAUGUUUAAAUGUAGUUGAUGAAUAAGCUUGGCAGUCUUGUUUGCUAUUACAGUUCACUCUCAACUAAAAUUCUCCCCUUUUGAUUCAGGUUGGUGCCAUCAUUAUCACUCCAACUAGAGAACUUGCAAAACAGAUUGACGAAGUCUUAAGAACAUUUACAAAGGAUCUCAUCCAGCUAAAGUGAGGCUGCAUUUGUUGGAAAUUUACUGUGUAGUGGAGAAAUUCAAUCCAUCUGGCACACACCUCACUGCAUUUCUUUUUCACCACCACUUCACCUGCCUUCCUGGCCAUGGUCACUAACAUAUUGGCCAUGUUUUGGAAACCAAUAUGGCCAUCUUGUGAAAACAAUCAAUUUGGGGGCCUAAAGGAAGACAAUUUUCCGAUGCUACUCCUGUAUACUUUAAUUCAGCAUCCUCAUGGCCUUCAUAAGCAAUAUGCUCUACAAUGAUAACCUCAAUUUUUUUUUAACAGGAAUCUCUAACUCCAAGUAGUUGGUAUAUGGAGAUUUUUUUUUCUUAAUAUGCCACUUAUAAUUAUUACUCUGCUGAUAUGUUCCUUUACUCUUCAUUAAAGUAUAGCAAAAUUACCUGUCUUUUUCAACUGUAAGACCACCUUAGUUUUGAAAACAUACUAUUUCUGAAUGCUUGCUUUAUAGGCAACUACUUCUGAUAGGGGGAGUGGACCCUGUGGAAAAUAUGCAGAGAUUCAAAUCAGAUGGGUGAGAACAAAGUGAAUUGAAUGAUGUUUUGAUCUUAACUGCAUAAUUGUGUAUAGAUAUUUAAGUGGAAAACAGAGAAUCACAAGUUUUGUUCCCUUUCAAUCAAGAAAGCUUUUUUAGAUUUAAGGCAGUGAUUUGAGAAAGUUAUAAGUUUAUGGCAUAUGUGUAUGGAUCAAACAAGCCAUUAACUACAAACUACAUGUGCAGGUGCCACAACCUGAACUUUUCUUUUCAAUCUGUGCCAAUGUUUAUUUGUUUUUCCCCUUUUUUAGAGGUCACAUUAUUAUUGGCACACCAGGGAGAUUAGAGGAUUUAAUGACAAGAAAGCAAGAGGGGAUAGAUCUGGCUGCUCAUGUUCGAUCUCUGGUCUGUACCAAACUGAAAUUUUUCAUGCUGAGUUAGAAUUUAUGGUGUAGAAUCUUCAAUUUAAAAUGUGGAUUUCUUUUCACAUACAGAAAUGCAUGUUAUGCAUUCAUUGUUUUAAAUUUUCGUGAAACAAUAUUUUAGUUAUGUUUCUACCAUGCCCUAUUAAUAAUACUUGCUUCAACUGUAUGGACAUACUUACCAUAUCAUGAACCUUAAAGUGUGAUGUCUGAGGUCUCUGAUGUGUCAAAAGAUCUUGUUUUAUUGCUUGCAUAACCGUGACAUCUGCAAAUAUUUAAGUUUAAGUCUCUCUAGUACCUGAUCAACUACAAGAACAGUAGUCAUCAAAGAAUACUGUAACAUUAAUGAAUAUGAUUCAGUCAUAUGUUUUGGAGCAAUUUUCAGUUGAUUGUCAGGAGUUAGUUACUUUCAAUUGGUUUUGGCGAUAUUGGUCAAGAAAAAUGUGUACUACCUGUUCAACCAUUCAAAUGCAUUUACCAACUUUGAAAUAGGUACUAGCAUUUUUCCACAAGUAGCCCUUUACACCCUCUUAUCAGAAUGCAUUGUCUCCAUACUGUUCUGUAUACAUUUCCUAAGGUGCUGACAAGGACAAUUUGUCUAACAGUCAGAGCUUCUUUAGUUGGUGAUCAUUUGCUUUAUUCUCAUGACCCUAAUGUUUGAUUCAGGGGUGAUGUUGUAAAGAGAAAUUAGAUGUUAGUCACUCUUAGGGGUCAAAGGGUUUAAUAAAUGAAAUAACCCUGAGUUCUUGUUGGUUUCCCAUGAUGAUAUUUUCCUUUGUUUUGAUUGGUUAUUGUGAUUACUCUGGUCUGGGCUAUACAACACUAUUGAAAGGCAGCUGUCAAUAUGAAAGGACGGGAUUAGAUAGGAUUGGAUGAACAUUCAUGAGACCACUAUUAAUCAUAAUUCCUUUAUUUUGGUUAUUUAGGAAGUUCUUGUCUUAGAUGAAGCUGACAGAUUGUUGGACUUGGGUUUUGAAGCUAGGUAAAUUCUAAAACUUAUUUUUUUCAGUUGAAGUCUUGAUUAACAUAUUUCAACUACAUCAACAAUAGCUACCCCAUGCUUUUCCCUCAGUCUGGCACUAAAAGCUCAAAUAGUGGGAGACCAAGAUAAAAAGAAAGCCAUUCUAAAAAGGCAUCUGAGAAGGUGCAUGGUAAAAAAAAAGCCUAUGUGUGACUUCUGAUAGACUUUUAUAGACUUUUGGAUUCUCUUUCCAAAUUUUCCCAUCUUUCCUUGUGGAACACUAAGUAGAAUUUAAUGUUGCAAAAAAAAAUUCACCUUAAACUAACUACACAUCCCCAUAUUUACUGAAAGAUUUGGUGCCUCCUGUCUGUCAACAACAGAAAUAAUGUAAAAUGAAAUUAACCAUAGAAUGUUUUAUUCAAGAUCAAUUGACUCUUUGAAGUGGUUAUCACUUCAUUUUGAACUCUUAAAAAAAGGUGCAGUGUUUUUUGACAAUCUCUUUUGAGUUUGAUUGCUUUUUUAUUGUGAUUCCAGCAUAAAUACUAUUCUGGGUUUUCUCCCAAAGCAAAGAAGAACAGUAAGUCACUCCUAACUUCAGAAAUUUCAAUAGUUUAUUUUUUGUUAGGUCACAGAGUUGAUUUUAUUUGUUUUGUCAUUGUUUUUAACAGAACCAACUUAAAUAAUUUUAUUUUAGUAUCAUCAAAUUAAUCAUUGAAGCCGACAGAGUUGUGGAUUAAACUUACCAUUGUGAUAUUUAUUCACUUAUAAGCUAAGCAAUAUUUUUUGGGGCCUUAAACUCAGUUUUAGAAAAAAAUUUCCUUUUUCAAAGAUAGGGCUCAGCCUAGAGCCAAGAGUUUUGAAUAAUGUUUCUCUAAAAACAUCAUUUAUAAAAUUAAAAAUCAUCACAGACACUCCUUACUCUGCCCAUAGCCAAGUGAGUUUUAUGAAAACAAUAACUCACAAGAAAACAAGAAUAAACAACCUCAUGAAAAUGCUCAUAAAUUAUUUAGUGCUGGAUUGGAAGCAAGUUACUUUAAUUAUUGGCUGACCCUAAGGCCUUAAUGAACACAGAGUUGCAAUCUUGUUUGCCUUAGAUAAGUUGUUUAAAUAGUAUUUGUGUAUCUGUUUUUUCUACCUAGGGCCUGUUUUCUGCAACUCAGACAGAUGAAGUCGAGGCUCUAGUGAGAGCCGGCUUGAGAAAUCCUGUUAGAGUAACAGUUAGAGAGAAAUACUCCAAGUCUAAGGUAAAGUUUAACUCAAAAGAACAAUGGUAGUAAUAGCUCAGUUGAGCUCGGUCAACUACAUGAAAAACAGUUAAAAUGGCCAAGAGAGUUGGUUCUGUGUAUACAAAUAUUUAGUAUCAUACUAAAUAAGAAAUAAAAAAGUAACAAUGUUAUUUAUUUGUUUAUUGGAAGGUUACAAUUUUUUUUUUCUAUCUGAUGGGCCAAUUUUAGUGCUGCCAUUACAGCUCAUUACCUGCAUAAAUAAUUUUGCAUUGACUGACUGUCAGGCUUCAGUUCUCAUAGACUAAGAGAUAUAAGUUUAAUUGCAUCAUGAUAUUACUGCCUUACCUGAACUACUGUAAAUUAUACAAUCAAUAAAACCUUUUGUUUCUCUUUGCCCAUGUACUUGUAGUCAGAACAGAGGACACCAUCCACACUAAAGAACUUUUACACAGUAAGCAGUUGUAUUUUCUCUUUUGCUUAAUGUGUAACUACAUUUUUAUGCCAUGCUUCAUUAAUCUGACCACAGACACUCAGCAAUCAUAGCAUAUACUUGUAUUUGAGUGUUAAUCAAUGAACUAAUAUAUCUGAAAGGCAGAACUGCAUUACUUGAGGAAUGUUGCAUACCAGGUUUCCUCAAAUAAGUGCCCAUGUUCCAAUAAUUGCCCUCCCCCAAAUAAGGGCCCACCCUUUAGGCCACAAAAUAUCAAACAAAGACCCCCUUGAAUAAAGACUGAAUUGGACUCCACUCAGUCCUAUUACCAUAAUUUAUUGUACUUGUUUGGUACGAGUAUGCAUCAUAUCAGGGGUUCUGGUUGUACCAUGGUUCAUUUGAGUGGAAAUACCCUUUACUCCUUUUAUGACUGGGAACACUGUUUAAUUCUUAAUCACAAGCUUUCUAUGUUUUUUUUUGUGGUUCAACCUCUGUUCAAUUGAUCUUACAGUAAAGUUUCACUCUGUAACUAAAUGAUGAUAUCAUGUCAUUUCAGAUCAGUGACUUGAUAUUGUAGUAUACCAAAAUGUAUGUCAGACUUCUGAUUGGCUUAUUGUGAAUUUGGGUAAUAUGACUGAAUAUAACACUAAACGAUCUCAAUAAAUUACAAAGAAAUGUAUGGGCUCUCAAAGGCAGGCUUACUAAAGACAGGAGUAAAAGGUUAAGGCACACAUUUACUCCCAAUCGCUCAUUAAUAAUUUUCCUCCCUGUGUGCCAUACAAUUCUUAAGAUGUUACUUUAGAGAAUUUGGUAUUGGAUCAACUAACAAUAUUUGCAGUGGUUUUGAUGAGGGGUAAUUUUGAGUUUCAAGGUUUUAAAGUAAAUUUGAGUGAGUUAAAAUCCUUUAUUUGUAGAUAUGUGAAAGUCAAGGAAAAUUCUCAAGAUUAGUGUCCUUCCUCAAGGCAAGGAAGGUAUGUGAUGUGUUUAGUAAGAAGAGGUAAAUUCAGCAAUUGAGCCAAGUUACCCAUCUGGUCUGAGUUUAUUCUAGUUUCUGUGGCAUGAAAGGACUAGGUUGAUGUCAGUAUCUGAACAACUGUGUACUUACCCUUACCCUUCCCCUGACCCAACAACAGUUUACUGAUAACAAGUUGUGGUUAAUGUUGGAUUUGGGGAGGGGUAGGUGAGCAGUUGCUCAGAUACUGACAUUGAUCCAAAGAACUAGGAGUGUUGCUUCAUCCCUUGCAUGGGAUGCUGGUACAUUGCAGGUUAACCACCACCCACCCCCCUCCCUUCCCUCAGGAUUUCACGAGAUUCUUGUGACAGUUUUUGGGUACUCUUUGGUGGAGAAAGGCCCUUUUAGUGUAAAGUGCCUUGCUUAAGAACACCAAGAAAAGUUUCCAUUGCAGCCUAUAAUUAUGUGGUAUUUGCUCACAAGAAGUUGAAAUGACAAAAAGGAAUUUGAGAGGAAAAUGGAAUCAUUUUGGAACAGUAGUCACCCACAAGAGGAACUUGAAAUAGAAGAUUCUACUGAACCUGUUAUAAGUAUUCUAAGAAAGUGAUUAAAUGUCAAAAAGAAUGGCAAUUUGAAAGAGAAAAACACAGUGGAAUCAUUUUGGAACAGUUUUUGUUAACCUCUAAGCCACUGUUUGUACCAUGAUGCACAUAAAUCGUGCAUAUAUUUCUGUCAUUAUGUUCACUUUGUGAUAAAUGUUGUUGCAUUUGAUACAGAGGAUAAAACAUACUUUAGUUGAACUUGGAUUUAAAUUUUUUAACUCAAUUUUAAGAUCUAUUCAGUCCCAAAGUGAUUUAAAAAUACAAUGAGAGUCUACUAAUUUGAUCCUUCUUAAUUUUGCUCCUCUUAUUUCUCCUCAUAAUAUCAUCCCUGAAUCAAAUAUUAGGGUCACAAGAAUAAAGGAAACCCGAAGGUUAUGUAUCACAUUCUUAUAAAUUUUUGUCUUACAGACCUGCAAGAACAUGGUAUUUUUCAGCACAUGUGCUUGUGUUAACUAUUUUUCAAAGGCUCUUGAAAGGUAAGCAUUGUGCAGUGCAGUAUACUAAGAAAACCAUUUUACUUCCUAGAGUGAUCUUGAAGUAAUUUCUCCUUUCGAUAUAAACACCUUGCCCAGCAGACAGGUCAUGGGAACGAAGAAAUAUACCAACUAGAGGAUAUCAUUUGAGUUAAAGAAAGUCUACAACAAAUUUUGAGUAACAAAUAUAGCCAUUGCGCAACGAAAACAUAUUUGCACAUUUACUGAAGCUCAUUUUUCGAGAUUGGGCUACCUGUGGUCACUCUUGUUUUCCCGCACUUUGAGCAGUCUGGUUACUUUUACUGUAAAUUCUCAUUGGCUCGUUAGGAUAUUUGUGUUUCCUCUGAUUGGCUGUUGCGGAUACUUUGGUUUUGGUUUCUUUGUCCCAUUCACGUUCCUUUUUACCUAGGGAACGUCAAUGGGACAAGAGGUGUUUUCUUAACAAACCAAACCUGGGUUUUUUUUGUUGUUUUUCGUCAGUCCGUUAUCGUUGAAGCACUCUGAUAAACUGAUUUCAGGUUUCUUUCGAAUGUGAAAGUGCUGUCUAUCCAUGGAAAAAUGAAGUCAAAACGGCAUAAAGUAUUUGAUAGCUUCAGAAAACUUAAAAGGUACGUCUACCUGUCAAGUUCUUCUACAGAAUCAUCGUUACGGAUUAAAGCAAUACUCGAAUUAGUCAGUGUUUACCUUGCCAUAUCUUUACAAAAGGUGGGGGGAAGGGGGGGAGGGGAUUAAAGAAUACCCGGCCGUUGAGCAAGCCCACCCCUCUCCUCCCGUGCCAAAGACGCAGUUGAGGGUUGGCAUUUGUCACGAGGAUUCGAACUCCAGAUCCUCGGAUUUCGAGCUCUUCCUUCGAGGAACGAACCCAACUUCGUCAUCUUUCUUGAUUUAGAGACCCACACUGCGCUUUCUUAAUUUCUGAUCAAGCACGACGCUUGUCACAAGUAAACCUACUACACGACCGUGCUCACCAACCAUUGUUCUUUAGCUGACUGACACAGAAUCAAACUGCGAACGUGUUAGUCCAGCCGUUCCUAUUAGCGCUUCAGCACAUACAUUUGUUCGCCCACGAAAAAGUUUGAGGUUUUGAGCAAAGUAAGCUAGCUGGUGAGUGGUCUGCGAGGGGUCUGUUUCAUUAUUAGUGUCAGACCCCUCACAAAUGUCUCGCCAGCCCGCUUUGCUUAAGACCUCAAAAUUUGCCUUCGGCGUAGAAACGCUUGGGCCGCGGCGCCAAUAAUGAGGGCCUGCCCGGAAACCUGUAGAUCCAGAGGCUUGAUUCCUCUUUAGAACCUCUUCCACGCUUUUACCAACCAUAAUUGCACAUUUUUGUUCCUUUUGUGUCAAGUGGUGUUCUGAUCUGCACUGACGUCAUGGCCCGAGGAGUGGACAUUCCAGAGGUGGACUGGGUCAUACAGUUUGAUCCUCCCAGUAGUGCAAGGUAUGUUAGCCGAUAGGAGACGUAUACUCUCAAAACUACUACGGUUUUUAUCUCCGACAAAAAAGGGUUUUCAAAUACUUGUGAAAAGUAGUGUGUGGUUGGUGUGACGCGGCGUUCCGUCUCGGCUAAGAUAUUCAUCAGAAACCCUUCCGAAUUUUUAAGCAUAUUCGUUAACCUUCGAGUUUUUGAGCCUGAUGCUCAACGAGGAGUAAAAAUUCGUAAAGUGCGUAAUAUGCCACUCGCCGCGGCACAACUAUCCAGCAGAGGUGGGCAGUCUAUCAGCAAUACAAGGCGUUAAAAGCGCAAGUUUAGUCAAGAUCUUUUCAAGCCGGCACAAGUGAUUUUCGAAGUGAUCAUGUACUGAUGAUAUACAGUUAUAUUUAGGAAAUGCUAGUGAUAUAAGGAAAUCAAACUAUUUGUAGAACGGUUGUAGCUUGUUUGUGUUGGAAAGAUGCAGUUCAGCUGACUGUGUUUCUGGGCGAAUCGGUUUGAUUGGGGCGAAACGACUGGCUACUAAAUGCAUUGAUCACUCGCACAUAAAGCGCGGCUUGUUGAAAUGUUAUUAAAAAAACAAACAAACAAACAAAACACAAGAUAACGAAAGUUCUCCAUUUUUUUUAUCAAAAAAAGGCGAAUUAAGGUUCAGUAAUGUUGGCUAACAAAAUAAAGCCCCUCGUGAAAUGUAAAACCGCCAUGGCGAUAAACCCGAUUGCCAUGCCAACAUCGUUGUCUUCGCUUGUAAAAAGAAGAAAGAAAGAAGUCCUGGUAUUCUACUGUGAUUUAUAUAAUUAUUGAUAUCUUAUUCUUUCUCCUCGCAGUGCUUUCGUUCACCGCUGUGGAAGAACGGCAAGAAUUGGAAAUCAGGGUUAGUUACGUGUAGCCUAAAAGAAAAAUUUCUUAUUUUUGAGUGUUUGAUGAAGGUUUACUCGCUGGAGAGGAUGAGAAAUAUGAAAUAAAAGACAAGAUCUACGCCUAUGCGAGGCUCUCGGGGAAAACGCGGGAAACCAUCUUGGAUGUGGUUUGGUUUUGGUUUUGGUUUUGGUUCUGAUUUGUUGUGAGUUUUGCGAGAGUUUAUUUGAAUCAAGACGGAAUGUGACAAGCGAAACAAUUGAUAUUGGCAUUGACCCCAAUGGAUCACGGACAUUAUCCGCGCUACUGCGCACCUACCCUUCCUUUAGCCCAACAACAGUCAGCUGAUAACAAGUUAGGGUUAAUCUUGGGUUAAGGAAGGGGUAGGUGUGCAGUUGGUCAGAUACUUACAUUGAUCCAAACAAGCUCAGUUGGUAGAGCACUGCACCGGUACAGCAAAGGUCAUGGGUUCAAAUCCCGUACAGAUCUGAAUUUUUUAGGCCUUAUUUUCACUACUACUCAAUUAGUGUUCAUUACUGCGAAGAUCGCUUUCAUAUUCACGCCUUUAUCCGCAGUUCACAUAUAUAAUUUUCAGAUAUUCAUAGUCAUUUAUGUCACCUAUGUUACCUUUACUUUGAUCUCUUAAUCGUUUUUUUUUUCUUCUAUUGUAUCCUGUUACUUUGUAGGGAAUGCUUUGUUGUUUUUGCUUCCUGCUGAAGAAUCUUACGUGGAAUUUAUAUCCAUUAACCAAAAGGUAGGUUAACUCUUUAAUCAUUAAAGAGUGACCGGCGUCUAAUUUCUCCCACAGUUUCAACCUUGAAUCAAUUGUAACGGUUAUGAGAAUAAAUAAAAUGAUCACCGAUUGAAGAAGCUCAUGAUUUUCAAUCAAAUUCUCCUUGUCAGUACCACAGGAAAUGAAGAGAGAACGGAAUGGGAGAAUAUACAGAUUGAUGUUAAGGUGUUAAGGGUUAACUGUGGAUUAUCCCACCUAGUGUGAUCGUUAGAAUGAACGUAACCUUGACCGUCAUUUCUGGCCGCACGUUUGGCGACCUGAACAAAAGCGCUCUUGUGGUCAACAUCGCACAGGGGUAGGACGGGGCUAAAUGAUCAGAGAGAUGAAGUUUCUCACCCUUCUGAUUGUUGCACCACUGUAUUUUCUGUCCAUAAUACAGGUCCCUCUUCAGUCUUUCGAAAUAGAAGGAGAAGUGACAGACGUUACACCCAAGCUAAGACAGAUGGCUAUGAAAGACAGGUACUGUAUGCAGAAAACAUUUUUUGCUAAGUUCCCGUAGAAAGUUACUUUAUUUACAGGGAACGUAACCUCUGUUGUAAGUGCCAUAACCCUUUAACCACUGAGGGUGACUGGCUUCUAUUUUCUCCUUGCAAUGUCACCCUUGGAUCUAAUGGAAAGGUCAGGAGAUUAUGGGAAAUGAUCACCAAUUUACGAAGCUCCCAAAUGUCAAACAAAUUCUUCUUGUCAGUGCCAUAGUUUUUGUAAAGAGAAAAGUGCGGAGUAUAUGAACAUUAAUGUUAAAGGGUCCAAAGGGUUAAAACUGAAAGUGGCCGCAAUAUAGAACUUUGCAGAUGUGUCUUUUAUAGUGCUGGUAAAUAACAGAACCCUUUUAAUAAAAGCACUUAUCUUACCAGUUAGUUCCCACUAAUGGAGAGCGCUCCUUCGCCCACGUGACGGAAAAAUUCUUGACGCAGCUAGUCCCUUUGUGCGCACUUUACAUUAAACUGUGCAUUUACAACCCUUUUUCCUUUAAGUUUCCCUUCCUUGCUCUUCUCUUCCCCCCCCCCCCUUCGCCAUAAGACCACCCCGUCUCUUUGUUUCCCCGAAUUUUCUAGUCUCAAAAAAUCCGAGAUGACGAACAUACACCACGUAAGCUCACUGUAGCGGUUGCUCGUCAUGAACAUGUCUUACCCGUCGGUUAUGCGUCUACUAACCUUGGGGGGCGGGACGUUUUUAGUAUUCCUUUCUUAGAUAUUUUACUACGAAAGAGGUCCAGCACGACGCUUAACUUACGGAAAACGACUAAAAUCGAGUUCUCGCCGUCUGCUUUCAGCCCUUUUUUUUUAAUUUGGGGAUAAAUAAAUGAGCAACUUUACCUAACGAGGGUAAAUACUUUACAGUCAUAGACUUACAAGCCCCAUGGCCCUCCUUCCUAUUUUUGAAGUCUGUCAUCCUUUCAGUAAUUUUGCCUAUGUCAUUUUUUUUUUUUUUUUCGAAUUUCUUCUUAGGGAUGUGUACGAAAAGGGGAUGAAGGCUUUUGUGUCAUUCGUACAGUUCUACAGAAAGCACGAGUGUAGUUUAAUUUUUAGAUCAAAUGGUAAGGAAAAUAUCAUUAAUUUACAAUGGGAAUCAAAUAUCCAGCAUAGAAAAGAGUUCUCAUUUGCUCCUUGUGAUAUUUUGUUUUGUUAUGGUAGGCUGUUACGAUUGCUUUAGUUUUAAUUUUAAAACCGAAUGAGCAAUUCACUGAACAACGAAACGAACGAACGAUCAUUUUGACAGGAUUUGUUUUGAUUUCCAAACGAGUCAUUUUCAAUGAACCAAGCUAAACUCCUGCUUUGGCUGUUGUUUUCUAUUUGUGCAAAACGCUAGCAUAGGAAGCAAUUGAGGGUAGAAAACUGGCAAUCACUAUCUGAUUCGGUUUUGCUUUGGUCUUGUAACAAGGGUCAACUUCUCAAGCAUCAAAUGUAAAUCACACUACCAGUGGUCAUUAGCUUGCAUCACAUACAGUCCACUCUACCGUGGCUUUAACCAGUCGAGGGUGGAUCCGGAAUUUGGAUAUAAAUUAAGAGGGGUCCAAACUUUUACAAAACAAAUCUCUCGACUGACCCACUUCCCCCCCCCCUUUCCCCCCAAUUCCCCCUACUUGCGGUUACUCGACAUAUGUCAUCAGUUUAGCCUUUCGCCGUAUAUAUUAAUCCUACACGUACUUAAGGGGAAAUAAUCAGUUAAUUGAAGAGUAAAAUGCGAUCCUGUCGUUGCAAGAAUUUUUGUGUCAGACAGGUAGUAAAAAAACCCACGUGUUUGUUAAGGGUAGGUUUGAAACCCCUGCCUUCGGUUCCCCCUUAAAAACCAUGUGAGACCCCGAAAAAAACUUCGCGCCUCCCCUCCCCCCAGGUGCUAAGUAUUGGCUGCUCCUCGAUUAACGUUUUCUUGAAUUUUUUUGGCCCACAGACCUGGAGCUCGGAAAACUCGCAACGGGAUUUGGCCUCCUAAAGUUGCCCAUCAUGCCAGAGCUUAAGGAUAAGAGUGUGGAUUUUGAGCCAGUGGAUGUAGAUGUUGAUAAACUUUAUUACAAGGACAAAAACAGAGAAAAGCAGAGAAAAAGAAUGCUGCAGGAAUCGAGCGAGAAUGGUUUUUAUCCAACGGACUCGAGGAAAAAGAAAUUCCGUAAGGAGACCGUCCCGUGGUCCAAGAACAAAGAGAGAAAAGUCAAAAGAGAGAAGCGGAAAGCACGUAGAGAAUUUUUUAAAACGCAGCGCCAGAAGCAUCAGUUUGAUGAAGAUGAACUUGAGGAUCUUGCGCGUGAUGCGCGCUUGGUGAAAAAACUUAAGGCGGGAAAGAUCAGUAAAAAAGAGGUGGAUACGCAAUUAGGAAAUGACGAAGAAAUCACUCCCAAUUUGUAAGAACUGGCUUGCCGAACCGUCUUGUUUGUAAAUUGAAGGGUGUUCCAAGAAUUCACGAUACUUCCCUUAGAAGUCUGGCCUAAUUGCGAGGAUGACAAAUUAGUGAGGGGGGGGACCCCUCCUCUUUCCUCACUAGAUUGUGAUAAAGGGGGUAAGUUUCUAAAGAAACUGUGGUGCUGCG